AUGUUUUUUAAAUUUAAUGGAAGCGGACAUACCCUAUGGCAGUGGCUGUUUGGAAUUAUUGGAUCGUUAGGAUACCUUCUCUACGGCCUAGAGGCAGCCUGGCUGUCUCCAAUGACAAAGUACCUACAAUCCACUGAAUCCCCCUUGGGAUAUCCCCUUUCCAACUAUGCCAUAUCCUGGAUCGGUAGUAUUAACUGCUUCGCAUCAGCGUUUUUCGUCAUACCGUUCUCCUACUCUGCUGAUAAAUUCGGCAGAAAAUGGAUUGUGAUUGCUACUGUUACUCCAAGCAUAAUUUCCAUACUUCUGAGACUUUUUGUACGAAACCUAAUAGUGUUGCUUAUAGCGCGGGCCCUCGUCGGCAUAGCGGGUGCCGGCAUCUUUGUUGUGAUACCGAUAUAUGUGCGUGAAUUGUGCCAGACUAAUUUAAUAGGUACCAUAGGAUCUUUGGGCGCCCUUUUACAAAAUAUUGGAAUUGUUUUAAUGUAUCUCCUCGGAGCAUACUUCGAUUAUCAUACGUUGCUGUGGAUCUGUUUAGCUUUUAACGUUUUUAUGGCGACAAUGAUGAUAUUUGCUCCUGAAUCACCAGCGUAUCUCGUCAAACGUGGCCAUAUUGAUAAAGCAUAUUCAACUGUAGCGUUUCUCAGAGCAGUUAAUGAAAACAAUGCCAUUGUGAAAAAUGAAAUAGAACAUAUACAACGAAAGGAGGAGGAAUAUAAAAAUAUACCUCGGCUGGGUUAUAGGGAAAUAUUUAAAAACAAGUCCUGGCGCAACGGUUUUAUAAUAAUGAUGCUCGUCUGGACCACAUAUGGAUGGAAUGGUGCCCUCACGAUCAUUACUUACGCUUCAGCUGUACUUGAGGCCACCGAUUCUAACAUUAAUAUCAGCCCGGAAAUACAAUCCAUCAGCUUUCCCGUUGUAUCGAUUAUUGCUGCCUUUACUUUGACCAUCGUUGCUGAGAGGUGUGGAAGAAAGGCUCUUCAUGCAGGAUCUUAUGCUCUAUCUGGGUUAUCCUUUAGUCUACUUGGAGGAGCAAUGCUGUGUCAAAAACUGGGCUACAUGAUUCCUGGCUGGCUCCCAAUCACGUGCAUGAUUAUCGCAGUUGCCAUGUUUUCUAGUGGAGUCAGGUCUCUUCCAUUUAUUAUAUGCCUCGAGAUGUUUAAUUUUCAGGUUCGAGCACAAAUCACAGGAAUCAUACAAACGUAUGGAUGGGCUAUGGCAUCGACACAACUUCUGGCUUUUCCCACACUUAUUGAAACUUUUGGUCUUCAUGUAAGUUUCAUCAUUUUCGGUGUAAUCAAUUUUACUGGGAUGGUGAUUGCUCUUGGUAUACCAGAAACUAGAGGCAUAUCUGAAGAAGAAAUUUUGAGAAAAUUAAACAAAUAA